CCUCUGCUGGUUGGUCUUAGACAGUCUCCGUAACAAAAUGGAAAGUGACGACCAAAGUCGGAAUGAUGUUGCAUUUGGGAAAAUCAGUGAAGAGGAGAGAGAAAACCAUGAACUUUCCUUCGAAGAUGACUUUUCACCGGUGAAUAGUAAUACAAGCAGCUACAAUAAGCAGAAUCAAGAAAGGGAAGAAUGGCAAGCAGACGGUUAUUUACAGUCUUUAGAGGUGAAGUUGCAAAGGCUUCGGGGAAAAACAAGUACUGGUCAAGCAUCGAACAAGAAAAUAACUUCCAGAGAUAUCCUCCGAACUCUUGAUGAAGCCAGGCAGGAUUCAGCCAGACAUCUCAUCUCCUCUGACUCCGCCCAUGAUUUCUAUGAUGGUGACUGCGAUGCUAGCGGUGAUACUCAGGUAGCUGCUCUGAAGAGGAGGAUGUUCCCCGAGCAAGCCUUGUCUACUGAAGAACUGCAGGAGUUGCUGAUGAGAGACUUCUUACAGGCAGUAACACAGGAAGCUGCUGAAGAGCAAGCCGAUGACGAGACCUCUGGUAGCAGAUGAUAUGACCGUUGUUUACAAGGGCUUUCUUCAACCCAAGUCGAUGAAUGCGGUUGCUGCUGGUGCCCACCACAGCUACGUUGCUGCCCUUUCAAUCUCCUGGCCGUGGUUCUAAGGUGAUUUUCUAAACUAUUGCCUUGCCAUCUGAAGGGCUCACUGAAAGUGCAAGGGCUGAUCAUGGUUUAACCCUUUGGAAAAUAAUAUUGAUGAUACCUCAUGGUUCCAAGUGAUUGAUUAUCUGAUAGGAAGUUGUCACCGAUUGGCUUAAGAAUGGUGUUUUAUCAGUUUCUGUCAUAAACUUGUUGAUGACAGAAUUCAUAACUACAUUGUUCAGUGAUGGAGUACAGGCAAAAUCCUUGUAAUGUUAGUCCCACAUUUGUUUAUUUUUUAAUUUGAGAAGAUAUCAGUUAGUUAGGUCAGGGCAAAUGAUCUUAAUAGAAUUGUGCUAUUUAAAGGGGCUGUUACACCUGGAUGUUAUAACCUGUGAAUGCUGAGCAGGCAAAGUAUGUAUGGAAAGCUGAAUUCUUAUUUCAUGCCUUUUUUCAACAUCACAGAGGUUUUUUUCUCAUAUAAGGAAUUUGAUUAUUUUGACAUUUUAUAUCGUGACCAAAAGGCAAUUCUUGAUAUUGAGAAAUAGGAUUGAAUGAGAAAACAUAUAGGUUAUUUCAGCCACUUAAAGGUAUUGUUUAACUUUGUGAGCAGCCGAUUUAAAAAAUUCUCAAACCAAGAUGAAACAUGUGUACAAGUGCAUGUAUUAGAACUAAUAUACCCUGAAAACAACCACUAUUGAGAAUGAAAAGCUAAAACUACAAGGCAAACCCCGAUUUUGUAAAUAGGCGUCUUAUAGACGCCUAAAUAGUACACAUAAGUGUAUGGGAUGAAAUUAAGAUGGUGUUUUCGGUAACUUUAUAUUUCAAUUUUUGAAGCACUAAAUAAUUAUUUUCGAAUGCAAUUUUUUCUGGGCUUCAUUUUUGUAACAUAUCACACACACAGGUGACAAGUGUGACCUUCUAGCUCAGAUUUUUUAAAAAGUCAAACCAAUGUUAACCAAUCACUUUAACCAAGGCAUUACUCAAUGUGAUUCAUGGUGUAAAAAUAAAAAAAAAUGAAAAUAUUCAAUUGAAUGAAAUUGUUAUUCCAAUUUCAUCAUAUGAAAUUAUGAUGACACCAUAAUGGAAUCAUGUCAAAAGAAUAUCCACACCACUCCUGACCUUUUUUUUACUAGAAGUUUAUACCGCAUUUUUAUUCAUGUGCACAAGUGGGUUGAUUUUUUUUAAAAUGUCUUUUGAAAUUAUAUGACUUCCUUCAUGAAACAUUUGUAUUAUUUUGUUUUCAUUUCUUAAACUGCAUUGUUUUAUAUCUAUAUUUCAAAUUAUUGUGUAACACUCGUAUGAUUAUGUAAUUGAUUUUCUUUUCACUUCCUUAAGAAGUAUUAUGUAAAGAUAUAGGAUUAUAUCCUGUAAAUGAGAAAAUUCAUCUUAUGCUAUAAGUUAUUUCUGAAGACUUUACACAUACUUCCUAAAACCUCUCAAGAGGUUACUGCUUUACCAUAGUCCAUACAUCAAAUGUAACCUUAUAAAUUUAAAUUUGAUAAAGAAACAUUAACAUCAUUUUCUAUCAAUUAAAUAUUUGGAAAAUUUGAAUAUCUCUUUGAAGGUUAUCAUUGUUUUCAUUGUGAUUCCAAGGCCAGCUUUUUCAUACAAUUUCUAUGAAUUUAUUUGAAUUUAAGUGCAAUCAUGAUAACAUUAAGUUUGAAUAUAGAGCUUGACCAAACCAUUGUAAGAUCUUGAAAGCUUCUUCCCAAUUAUUGUAUAUAAAAAAAGAAAUCUUGAACUAUCUUUUAUAUAUGAGUAAGUAUAAGAUCAAUCAGAAAGCAUAUAUUUGUGUGAAGUAUAUAUUGAGUAGUUAAUGGGAUUGAGCUUGUGAAUACACCCAAACAUUCCGUUUAUCACAACUCCAAAGUUCCUGAUUUUCUUAUAUAUUAGAAAUUACCUUCGAUAUGUUACUUUGAACAUUGUCUCCCAUCCAUAUGCAGAUAUCUAAUUAUCCUUAUCUCGUUGAAACAUACCUCAUAUAUUUUUCUUGUAUUUUUUUCUUGUUAUUAUUGAAUUAUAUCCAUUACCAUUUGAUAACUUAAAUUGUUGUAAUGAAUUAAUGAUGGAACUAUUUGAUUCCAACAUUGGAAUUUCUAUUUUCGUCAAAGAUGAACAGUUGGCACAGAGAAAUCCACCCAUACAAAAAGAUUGAUCAGAAUUAUCAGUGAAAAUCAAAUGAGCGUAAUACCAUAAAUUUUAUCAAAAUCGGAAAGAAAAGUAAAAAGUUUAAAUUUGUUCAUUUUCACCACAUAUUAUGAGCCGUAUGCAAAUGAAGGAACCAGUGACAUCACACACCGAUUCUUCUUUUUUUAUCAUAUGAAAUGUGAUGUACAGUACUUAAUUUUCCCUAUAAGAUCUGAAACUUAAUAUGCUUUUUCAUGAUUACUUAUUGUGAUUUUUUUAAUAUCCUUUUUAUCAUCAAAUUUAUAUAAACUGAAAAAUAUGCAUUUCAUAUAUGAGUGUGUGACAUCAACUCCCUCAUUUGCAUACUGACCAGGAUAUGCAUACAACUAUGUGAAAUAUUGUAAGUUAAAAUGCCUCAACUUUUUACUUCCAAUUUUGAUGAAUUUUCAGUGCUACAUGCUUGUCUGAAUUUCUCUAUUUAAAGUAAUUCUGUGUGUGGGAUGCACUUCAAGUGAUCUAAAUCUAUAUAUUUUUCUUUUUAUAUUUUUCUCAAGUAAUUUAUAAUUUCUCCAUAUCCCCCCCCUCUCUCUCUCUCUCCACUCUGUCUUUUUCUCUCAUUCUCUCUUUUUUCAUUUAUUUAUUGACAAUUGCUCUCUGUUUGUAUCCCUUCCCUCCUCAAUUCUGUUCUUAGUUUUGUUACUUUUCUUUCUCACUUUGAACUGUCUAUUUCAUACCCUGCCUCGAUGUAAUUCAUGUAAAUCAGAAAAAACUCAUUGAUAUUAAUCAUAUUUUGAUGGUUUCAAUUUAUUAGCAAUAAAAAUCUAUAUGAUACAAAUCAAA